GGAGGGUGUAAGUCCUUCUCAUGAUCAUGUCCUGGCCUGACAGUAUUCACCUCGGCGACGCCCGCUCCCAAGACAAACGCUCCGUGAUAAGGAGCUUAUCCCGAAAUUUCAUAGUUCUCAUUUGCAGACCGUGCUUCCAACGUUGAGAGAGCAUUUGCCAAUGUCAACCCCAUGCCAUCAUGUUCGGUGCCUGCGUAUGGCUUUCUGCGUAGCUCAAGGCUCUUUACGACCGCGGUGAGGACCGCGACACUCCUCGAACGAGUCACACACCGGCGAACCUCCAUACCUUUCCGAUACUUUCGCGACGCGACUCGUCAGUAUGCCACGUCGCAUAAGGUUCAAUCAGAACUCGAAAAGCGCAUUGCAGCGAUCCCGAUCGAAAGAUAUCGCAACUUCUGCAUUGUAGCACAUGUAGACCAUGGCAAGAGCACGCUUAGUGACCGUCUCCUCGAGCUCACUGGUACCAUCAAACCGGGAGAAAACAAGCAGAUUCUAGACAAACUGGAUGUCGAAAGAGAACGUGGAAUUACUGUGAAGGCUCAAACAUGUUCGAUGAUCUACAAUCAUGAUGGAGAGGAUUACCUGUUGCACCUUGUGGACACCCCCGGCCAUGUCGACUUCCGUGCUGAAGUAUCGAGGAGUUAUGCUAGCUGUGGAGGGGCUCUUCUACUCGUUGAUGCAAGUCAAGGAAUCCAAGCACAAACCGUUGCGAACUUCUAUCUUGCUUUCGCGGAGGGUUUAACCUUGGUACCGGUUGUCAACAAGAUAGACUUGCCAUCAGCUGAACCGGAGAGAGCACUGGCACAAAUGAAGGACACAUUCGAACUAGACCCAGAGAGGGCAGUACUGGUAUCUGCCAAGACUGGAAUCAAUGUUGAGGCCCUGUUACCUGCUGUCGUGAACCAGAUUCCGGCACCCGUAGGCAAGACUGAGAACCAUUUGAAAUUCCUCCUGGUAGACUCUUGGUACGACAACUACAGGGGCGUCAUUUUGCUUAUAAGAGUGUUCGAAGGGGAAGUCAAGCCAGGUGAUCACGUGCGAUCCUUCGCGACAGGUAUCAAAUACAUUGUUGGAGAGGUCGGAAUCAUGUACCCAGGACAGACUCCUCAGACAGUUUUGCGAGCUGGCCAAGUCGGCUACAUAUUCUUCAAUCCUGGCAUGAAGAUAUCAAAGGAGGCUAAAGUUGGCGACACAUUCACACAUGUUGGUUGCGAGAAAUUGGUGGAGCCACUGCCUGGCUUCGUUGAGCCUCAAUCUAUGGUUUUUGUCGCAGCGUUCCCUGUCGACCAAGACAAACAUGAGCAUUUGGAAGAUAGCAUCAACCAAAUCAUGCUUAAUGAUCGCAGUGUGACAAUCCAGAAGGAAUCUUCCGAAGCUCUCGGAGCCGGUUGGAGAUUAGGCUUCCUUGGAACAUUACAUUGCUCUGUGUUCGAAGAUCGAUUGCGCCAGGAACAUGGAGCCUCUAUCAUCAUCACCCCGCCCAGUGUUCCGUUCCAGGUUGUGUGGAAGGAUGGGACAACCUCAACGAUAUCAAAUCCCAAUAAUUUCCCGGAUGAUGAAACAAAGAAACGCCAGGUUGUUGAGCUUCUGGAGCCGUACGUCGCAGCUACCAUCACACUGCCAGCAGAAUAUAUUGGCACUUGCAUUGAGCUUUGCGAAUCAAACCGCGGCACCCAAGUAGAUGUCAGCUUCUUCACAGCAACCCAAGUCAUCUUGAAGUACGACCUUCCUCUGGCAUCACUCGUUGACGAUUUCUUCGGAAAGCUCAAGUCUGCCACAAAAGGAUAUGCAUCACUCGACUACGAAGACGCUGGAUACCGCACAUCCAACAUCACCAAGUUACAGCUACUCAUCAAUGGAGACCCGGUAGAUGCGGUGUCUCGCGUCCUGCACCACAGUCAGACUGAACGCGUGGGCAGACGCUGGGUGGAAAAGUUCAAGCAGCACGUUGAUCGGCAGAUGUUUGAGGUCGUUAUCCAGGCGUGCAUUGGCAGAAAGGUCGUAGCGCGAUCGAGCGUCAAACCCUUCAGAAAAGACGUACUGGCGAAACUGCACGCAAGUGACAUAUCCCGGCGAAAAAAACUCCUUGAGAGGCAGAAAGAAGGACGCAAGAAGCUACGCACGGUUGGAAACGUGGUCAUCGAGCAGAAAGCAUUUCAGGGUUUCCUUGCCAAGGACGCAUAACACCUUGAUGGUUAUACAUGUAUAUGGUCUUGAUUUAAUACUGUACACAAAUUUUAGCGGAGUGUUGCUGUAUAGAUCUGUAUAUGUCAAUGUUGC